AUGAGUUAUAAUUUAAUGUUUAGAUCAAAAAGAUUUACAACACUCUUUUUUCCAUUUUAUAAGGCUUCAAUAACGUCAAAAAUAACAUCAAUUCCGUUAUGUGAUUUCCACCAAGUUACUAAUAAUUCAAAAUAUAUAAAGUUGAAGUAUACUUGUUUCUACAAUAGUAGUAAUUCCAAUGUUUCAUUACUAUUAGCUAAUAGUAAUAAAACCAUCUUUAAAAUAAAUAAAAAAAAUAACGCAAGACAUUAUUACAAAGUACCUAAUGAUUAUUCACGCAUACAAUUUCCUCAAAAAAUACCACCACCAUACCCAAAACAUUCUCAAUAUCAAAGAUUUUCCAAUUCUAUACCGUUUUAUCAAAAAAGGAUAUUUUGGAUUUAUACUGGAGCAGUUGGCGGACUCACUAGUGUAUAUUAUGUAAGUCAUUUAGAGAAGGUGCCUAUAACUAACAGACGACGUUUUAUGGAUGUGAGUCCAAAACAAGAAGAAAAAUUAUCACAACAAGCCUAUCAUGAAGUAAUGGAAAAAUAUUCAAAUAAAAUAUUACCAUUGUGGGAUAGGCGUACCAAGUUUGUAAGGCAGGUAGCUCAAGAUCUAGUAAAAGUUAGUGGAAUGAAUGAUUUAAAUUGGGAAUUUUAUGUGAUUGAUUCACCAGAGAAAAACGCAUUUGUUUUACCUGGUGGAAAAGUUUUUGUUUUUACUGGAAUAUUACCAAUUGUUAAAAAUGAAGAUGGUUUAGCAGCAGUAUUAGGGCAUGAGAUUGGACAUCAAAUUGCAAGACAUAGUGCUGAAAAACUUUCUUUCAUAAAAGUUGUAAUUUUAGGACAAUUGUUUCUUAGUCUAUUUAUGGACCCUGGAUUCAUUGGUAGAUUGUUUUUUGAACUUGGCUUAAUGAUGCCAUUUUCUCGUAAAUGUGAAGUAGAAGCAGAUUACAUAGGGUUGUUACUUAUGUCACAUGCAUGUUAUAAUCCAGAAGAAGCAGUCAAGUUGUGGGAAAGAAUGGGCAUUGCGCAAAAGAAUGCACCACCACAAUUCUUAAGUACACAUCCUAACAAUAAAACCAGAAUCAAAAAGAUUCAGGAAUGGAUGCCUGAAGCAUUGCAAAAAAGAGCAGAGAGUGAUUGUGUACAUGAAUUUGAAGGAUUUAAAGCUGCCACAGAUUAUUUCAAACCUCAAUGG